AUGUCUAAUCGAGAAGCGACAUACUUCCUAGCACCAGUUGGAAAUCCACCUGAAGGCCUAAUUCGGCUGGGAAAUAUCAUUUCAGCUCCAGCCUUCGUAGACGACCCCAUCAAUGAAGAGUACAUCCCACCCAGUGAAGCUUCAUUGGAAGUUACCGAGCACAGUCAUGAGAAUUUUCAAUUCGAUAUAAGUGCUCGACACGAUGGGUUGGCCGGGAUCUGGGCAUCGUUCCUCCAAACACUGGGAAUUGGAGGUGACAUGACCGUACAUUGGUCAAAAGAAUGUAGUGAGAAAUGGUCGUGUGAAAAGUUGACGACAAUCACGUUUAACCCUAAGCUCGCCUACAUCUCUCAAUGCUUGAGCGACGAAGGAGUGAAGUACCAUCUACGUGUCAACAAACCUUGGCUCGGUGCCUCCAAGCUAUUUAUGAUCACAGGUAUCAAAGUCGCAUAUGGAGCCACCUCUACGAUUUCCCAUGCGGCCGAGAGAGGAUUAAACCUCAACUUCGGUACCGAUCUCCUUGCACUGGGCGUUCCUAUAAGUUUUGGACCUCAGGUUGCGAGUAGCAAGGGCAUAUCAGUCAAGCAAUCGCAAGAUAACUCUGAGCCAUUUGUUUUCGCCUUCCGUAUCAGACGUAUCAAGAUCUCACGGAAAGGAGAAGUCCAUCACGAGAGUUACAAUAAAGGACAAGUGCUUGGGAUCAAAGUGGAAGGUGACGAAGAAGAUGUUGAAGUUGUUGUUGAUGGGGUCGAAGAUCAUGAUGUGGAUGGACAGGAAUUUCACCUGAGUAGCAAAGAUGCUUUUGAUCAAGGAGUACCAGCUGAAACCCGUUGCAAGGUUGUAAAAGUGGAGAACGACUUAUAA